AUGGAGAUUGUGGAUCCUAAUGCUGACUGUAGCUGGAUGGUUUCUAUUAAUCAAGAAUUCACUUCUGUUAUUAUGCGCAAUGGCAGUUGGCAAGUGCCGGAAGAUUGGCCCAUUAAUCUUAAAAGGUUGGUUGACUCUGUCCCUAUAUGGAAUGAUGUGGGUUGCUGUUUGUGGCGAAACACUGAAAAUGUUUCUAACAAACUUUUUAGCAAAGAAUUCUUUGCUCCUUUUCCGAAUGUUAGUUGGCACCGUUUUGUGUGGCAUAAGCACUCCUCUAUCAGAUUUUCCUCCUAUGGUUGGUUGGCUAUUAAGAAUGGUUUAAAAACUGCGGACAAUUUGCUUAAACGUGGAAUCUUGGUGAACCCUUACUGCACCUUUUGUCAGGAUUGUAGAGAUUCUCAUACUCAUCUCUUCUUUGAGUGUGAUUUUUCUUUUGGGAUUCUGAAUUUUCUGAUUCCUCAGUCUCAAACGCUUCUUUUACGCCCUAACCUUUACCAGAUUUUUGAUUUCAUUGAGGAUAUUUCUGAUACUAAGGAGAUGUUAAAUUUCUUCUGUCUUCUGAUAAACACUUCUAUUUACUACAUUUGGAGGGCUCGAAAUGAUAGGAUCUUUGGUAACAACAUCGAAUGCAUUACUACCGUGGGUAGAAAAAUUAAAAAGGCUGUCGGUGCCAAGCUACAGAACUGGAAGAAUGGGUUGAAUCUCAAACAUCUUCUGUGCUGA